GCGCACUGCGGGUUGGCAUCGCCAGAGGCCAGAACCUGAGUAACGGGACUGGGGUAGCGGGUCGCAGUCCGGGAGCCCAAGGGGCUGGCGUCGGUGUCAAGCCCAAAGCCCACGUUGGGAGCGUAGCCGGAACGCGCGCACCAUGCCCUACGUACUCAUCAGCACCCAGAUCCGCAUGGAGGUGGGCCCCACCUUGGUGGGCGAUGAGCACUCGGAUCCAGAGCUGAUGCAGCAUCUGGGGGCCUCAAAAAGAGGCGUCCUGGGAAACAACUUCCAAGAGUACUAUGUCAACGACCCUCCUCGAAUAGUCCUGGACAAGCUGGAACGCAGGGGCUUCCGUGUGCUGAGCAUGACAGGCGUGGGUCAGACGCUGGUGUGGUGCCUGCACAAGGAGUGACCCCCACAAUGAGCAGUGCAGGGCACCCCAUCUUUGGUCGCCAGGGGCCCCAAUCCCACCCCUCACCUCACUCACUGCCCUGCCCCUCUCUUUGCAAACUGUCAUUUUUCCUGGACCCAGCAUCGCUGGGCAGGGAAUGGCCUUCUUUGAAACCUGCCUCAGCAGGGGGCAGGGAGAGCAGGCCCCUUGCCCUGGUGCUCCCAGCCGCCCCUCCACCUUCUGGCCUGGCUUGAGGGUCCUGGAGGAGUCUAUGUUCCUGGGUGGGCUGAGCGGCUGGCAAGAGCCAGGCUGGCCUUGGCCGAGAGCGAUGGCCCCAGGACUGUGCAGCUAGUUCAAGCCAAUAAAGGGCCACGAUGAGUGGUUGAUCCUACGCUCCUCACGUGCAGGGACUCUCACCAAGCGGAGUGCCUUCCUGAGGAUCUGCCCGCUGCUGGGAGGGCCAGCCAGCCUGGGCAGGGCCUCUGAGGCAGAGCCCGGCGACCAGGGCCACACUUGGACAGGCCAGCACCCUACCCUUAUGUAUGCAAUACAGGCAGGCUUUUAAAAAAGAAAAGUUUAUU